ACCCUAUGAUUGAUAUGGUUCUUUCUGUAUACUUGUACUUUCUUUCUCAAUAAACUUGUUUGGUCGAUGGCAUCUAGCGAGUUCUGUACCGGCUGAUCGAUGAGCCCGGCUACUUUUAGUGCAGUGUGGUGCCACCAGCUUAUAGCUAGUACGUAUGCGCUUGCAUGCUAAAGUGACCACCAUAUUCCUGCUGGUACUCCUCAUAGACUCAUAUACUACUACGUACUUCGUGUUGAGUUUGAAUUGAGGUUGAAAUUCGUCUCUACAACCAUAGUUCUACUCGAUCGAUCGAUGUACCUCUGAAACCAUAUUGCUCUGCUCGUACGUACUCAUAUUACAGGAGAGUCUGAGAUUCGUCUUUGCGAAGAGACGGUACGUACAUGCCUGUAGUUCAGUGGUCUAGUCCACCACAAAAUUGACCAGAUACCAGAUCUUGCGUCUCUAACCGUAGUGUAGGUACGUGUCCAGUACCAGUAGGCCGGCGUAGAAAAAUGAUGGAAACUACACGGAGAGAGGUGGUGGUGGAUGUGUGUGGAGGGGAGAGUAAUCCUGAAGUGCACUCAAAGAAACAUGCUGGCUUUGCAUUCAUGCCCCUAAAAGCUUCACUCUCACAGCUAUAUGGAGGGCCUUUUCAUUUCCCUUUUCUCUUCUAUCUUCUUCCAUUCACACUUUACAUUACUGGCCACAUUCCAUGCCAUCAAGUGCUUGCAAUCAGCCUAGAUUACAAGUGUACUUUGUCCUCAGAAAAUGCAUCCAGGACAUGAUUGCACUAGGUAGACAGAUUUGGUGUGUGCUAUAUUGCCUGCUAGAGCUAGAUUACAAUGUAAAUAGAAACUCAUAUGAGCGUGCGCAUACGUGUGCUCUGCUACCCUUGCUGUCAAGUGUCUGUGGUCACCUCUCAUUUCAGCCUUGCACGAGUGCGCCUACCCAGCAGCGAUGAUGCUUCUCUAGAUCUCUAGCUAUCUAUAAAGAUCCUCUUCGCCUUCUUGUUUGGUCCACACGCCUACAACACAUAUACAUGAUCGGUCGAUCGGUGGACCAGCUAUCACAAUUGUUGGCCCUCUCUGAAGAUCGUCUGUGCCUCACCACAUGCAUCUACUAGUAGUAAGUUGAAAAGGUUGUGCGUUUGAUUUCAGUUUAGAAGGCAUCGAGCUCGCUUGCUAAGGUAGAUGCUAGCAAUGGAGCAGCAGCACCAUGAGCAGGAGGAGUCGUGUGUUCCCCCGGGAUUCAGGUUCCACCCAACAGAGGAGGAGCUGGUGGGUUAUUACCUAGCCAGAAAGGUGGCGGCCCAGAAGAUCGACCUCGACAUCAUCCAGGAGGUCGACCUCUACAGGAUCGAGCCAUGGGACCUCCAAGAGAGGUGCGGCGGCGGCAGGGGAGGACGAGGAGCGCGUCAGGUGCCGGAGGACGACCAGACAUCUUCUGAGUGGUACUUCUUCAGCUUCAAGGACCGCAAGUACCCGAGCGGCACGCGCACCAACCGCGCCACAGCGGCCGGGUUCUGGAAGGCCACCGGCAGGGACAAGCCGGUGACGUCCUCGAGGAGCCGCGGCGUGAUCGGCAUGAGGAAGACGCUGGUGUUCUACAGGGGCCGUGCACCCAGCGGUCAGAAGACCGACUGGAUCAUCCACGAGUACCGCCUCCAGACAAACGAGCACGCGCCUACACAGGAGGAAGGUUGGGUGGUGUGCCGGGCGUUCCAGAAGCCAACCCCGAACCAGAGGUCGUCCUACAUCUUCCCGGCAUACGCCGCCGCACCGGGGCUCGGCGGCUACUACGACACCCGGCCGUGGCUGCACGGCCAAGGCGGCGACCUCCAUUACCUGCAGACCGCCGCUGGUGCUGCCGGAGCCGGCACCCUCGGCUUUCCCGGCCAGGGCAUCCAGUACUCUGACGACGUGCUGGAGUCCAAGCAGAGUCUGUUGGGCAGCAUCCCGCAGCUGAUCGAGAGCCCGCCCACGAUCUCCACCACCGUCGCUGGUUGCGGCGACGCCGGCUAUGACAUGGUCCAGCAGGGACAGGCGGCAGCCAGCAUCGACUGGAACUUCCUGGACAGCCUGCUAUCCACGUCGCAGCUCCAUGAAUACUCUGCUACGGCUGCGUCACACCUGCAUCUGCAGCAGUGAACUAGUGUUAGCAGAGCUCCAUGUAUUCAGGAGCAUCAAUUUUAUCGUAUAAUACAUGAUUUGCUUAUAGUUAGUGCCAUUCAGUACAGAUUAGUAGAAUGACGUCCAUGCGAUUCUGUUGCACUUCGAGACUUGGUUGACAUACACUUGUAUCUACCCCCUACUAGCUUAGCUAGACUACAAUGUUUCACUUACUUAAUCCAUGUGUUUUAUGUUGAAAA